AUGACCUAUUUCAGUACGGAAGUACAGAGCCAACGGAAUGCACAACAGGAGCGUGAGGCAAGGGAUGGGAGGAGACGGGACCUGAUUGCUCCAAGGCAGGACGUCGUUGAGGAGGAUUCGGCCAGUGAGUCCAGUGAGUCCGAGCUGACGACAGGUGAAGGUGGCAGCGAUGAUGAAGAGGACGACGACGAUGAUGACGAUUGUGGCGCAGAUGGUGUGAAGGACGGUGGCGGUCAGAAACCUAGUGAAGGCGGAGGCGGUGAAAGAGAAUUGUCUGGAAAGCAGCAGCAGCAGCAGCAGCAGCAGCAGCAGCACCAGCAGCAGAAUGACUACCCUACUCGCAACACGUCUGCCAGCAAGCAUCAUCCACAAUCCGCAGUGACGGAGCGCUACACAGCUGACAUCAUCCCUAUAGCGCCACACAGCCGACAUCAUCCCUAG